UGAAGUUUGCUUUGUUUGUCUGAGUGACGUUUUCAAAAUGAAUUAGUGUAAACGUAUUAUUUUAUCAUCUUAUUCCAAAUUCGAUAUGAGCUCCAGCACAAUAGUCAUAAAAACUCCACCCAAUUAUCCAGAUAGUGUUUUGAAGGCUAAUCCGUUGGAACAAAAAUCAUCCAAGUUGUUGAUCUCGUCUUUAUGGUUGUUCUCCUCGGUAUUUUCAGCAGCCAAAAUCGAUUUCAGUGCAAAUGUAACUGGUAUUUCAUUCUCAUUCAAUAUUCAAGAUGUACUUCUGGUAUCAUUUGCAGCUUGGAUGCUUCAUAAAGGGCUGGCUACUCGAAACGUUGCUCUAAUAUUUCCUUGGAUUUUGGCAGCACUCUAUGGCCUUUAUUAUAACCACUAUAAGAGUUUGUCACGGAUGGCGGCAGUUUUGAAACAUGUCAGGCAUACAACUGCACUACCCUGGAUUGCUUUAUCCACAACUGCUUUAGGACUAG